CGCACUACCAAUUACCAAAUACCAAUCCACGCAUCAGAGCUCAGAAGCUAGGCCAGCGCCAUGGGAGAAGCUGCAGCUGUUGUCGCCGCCUCGCGCGACGGCUUCUUCGGCCUGGGCGAGUGCAAGGGCCAGGUGGUGAUCGACGGCGAGCAGGUGCCACUGGUCCUGACGCCGGGCAGCGAGGAGGUGAGCGGCCACGACCACAAGGCGCUGGUGGCGGCCCUGGUGGCCAACCGGGAGUGGGUGGAGGAGAAAGUGGUGGCCAACAGCGGCGUGCUGCUGCGCGGCUUCGGCGUCCGCGACGCCGUGGAGUUCGACGCCAUCGUGGACGCGCUCGGGUGGCCGGACAUCCGGUACGUCGGCCCCGCCCCGCGCACCCACGUCCACGGCCGCAUCUGGACCGCCAACGAGGGCCCCCUCGAGGAGUUCAUCUACUACCACCACGAGAUGGUCCUCAUCAAGGAGUUCCCGGGGAAGGUGAUCCUGUUCUGCGAGGUGCCGCCGCCGGAGGGCGGGGAGACGCCGUUCGUGCCGAGCUUCCGGGUGACGGAGCGCGCGCUGCAGGAGUUCCCGGACAUGGUGGAGGAGCUGGACGCCAAGGGGCUCCGCUACACCUUCACCGCGCUGAGCAAGGACGACACCAAGUCCAUGCGGGGGCGAGGGUGGGAGGACGCCUUCGCCACCACCGACAAGGCCGUGGCCGAGCAGAGAGCCCGCGCGCUGGGGAUGGACGUGGAGUGGCUGCCGGAGGAAGGCGGCGUGAGGACCAUCCUCGGGCCGAGGCAGCUGACGCGGGUGUUCCCGGGCCGGAAGGGCCGGCGGAUGUGGUUCAACACGGUGGUGGGGAUGCACGGCAAGGAGCUCAGCUCCGCCACGUUCGCCGACGGCUCCGAGAUACCGGCGGACUUCGUGCGCCGGUGCGGCGAGAUCAUCGAGGAGGAGAGCAUCCAGUUCCGGUGGGAGAAGGGCGACGUGCUCAUCCUCGACAACCUCGCAACGCUCCACGGCCGCCGGCCGUCGCUGGCGCCCAGGAGGGUCCUCGUCGCCACAUGCAAGUGAUCUCAUUUCAUGCAUCACCCAUCUUAACUAAUUGGUUAGUUAAUUAAGCUUGAGGGUGGACCUGGCUUGAUUAACUAAUUAAUCUUAGUUGGUGCUGGGGAUGCUGCAUUUGGCUCUUCUAUAAUAAGCUGCCUUGAGUUACUACGGUAAAAUGGCUUUGUGCAUUGUGAUGCAGAAGCUGGGUACUCCCUUUUCAGAAAAAAAAAAGUUACUACGGUAAAAUAAGAGCUGAAGGUUUGAUUAAGUCAGUCGGCUUAAUACUUAUUACAGCCAAAGAGGGGUGCGGUAGUUUCUCCCUUAUAAUUAGUAAUUUUGCAUCCAUCAUUAUGCUUUUUCUUUUAUAUUUCAUCCAUCAUUAUGCUGGGUGACAUGCAUUACGACAUGUAAGGCUUAUUUCCUUCGAGUGAUAUAUUAAGAGAUGCAUGCAGCAGUGUUAUGCAUCUUCUCUUUACUGUCGUCUCUAUGUCCCUAAAUACAUGUCGUUGUCGUUGGGCAUGGGCACACGACUUCAUCGGUUACUUUACCUACAAUUAUGCUAACAAAAAGGGAGUGUCUAGGUCUUAGUCGACUGAGACUUAAUCAAAUCUAAGUCAAGUGACAUAACAUGUAAGAAAAAAAACUUCCUCGCAAAAAGGAAGAAAGAAAAACUAAAAAGAAAAUUUUGAACGGAUCUUGAUGUAAAAUCCCAUGGAUAUAGCCUUGAUUGAGACUUGGUUAAGUCGAGUGAGAUUUAGCAAUCCCGUAACAAAAUACAAAAAUUAUGAUAUUGCCAAAAUUCUAAAAUUGACACUUAUGAUGCAUCUAAAUAUUUGGCAUAUCAAAUAUUGAUACCAAACCAAGCAGCUGAAUCCGCACUACAAAAUAACAUGAGGCCUGGUCUCAACGACAUCCUAAUUUUCCCUUAAUCACUCAUUUUUCAAUAAAGGACGUAUUUUAUUAACUUAAAAUGUAGCAUCAAAA